AAGUACUUACUUAAGCGAUUCCUCCCGCUGUUGCGGCGUCCGCCGAGAGGCCGGUAGGAACCUCUCAUGGGCCGUGAAGGACAUACCUUCCGCGGCUCCGGAUUUUUGAAGACCAUGUAGCAGCGGAAUAACGUCGAGGGUAUUGUAUCCAGGAGCAAAUGAAACUGUGCCUCGCUCAGUGUGAAUCUUUCCGAAGUUGAGUGAAAAGAACCACAAAUUUUUUGUCUUGCAUAAUUAGCGGCAUAAACGUCUGUCUUGGAGGGCUGGUGCGACGAGAAGAAGUACAAAUAUGUCUUCAUGAAAAGAAGCACAUUUACACUCCAAGAACACGGAAGGUUUUUUCCCUGCAUAUUGGCCCGGGAUAUGAACUCGCAAAAGUAUCGUACUCGUAUAAAUGCAUGACAAAUUUCCCCAGCAUGAGAAAUUAAAUUUGUAAUGCGGAUUUAACUUAACAAAAAGAUUUGUAAUGCAAGACUUGCAAUACGAGUGCGAUAUUUUUGCAAUUCAUACGGGAAGAUGAAAGACGACUUGAUCGUCUGUGCGCUGCUGUACCGUUCCUUGUUGUAUCGGAUGUAAAACUUGUCAUGCAUAGAGAUGCAUCAGACCUUCAAUUUGUCAUGCAUGAAACGCAAAAUCAUUAUACCCGACACACAUACAAUUCUUCCUCUUCAUGUGCAAUUAUCGCAUAACAAAUUGAAAUUGAAGGAGUUCGUGAUCGUGAGCAGAUAGGUUUUACACGGGACAUCCUGGUGCUUCAAGCGAAGCGAAAAAUCCUCAUCGUAGAUGCCGAUUCUGAAGAGGAGGAAGAAGAACAGGAAGAUGACGGCCAGCCUGGAGCCAAAGCUGCCAAGGUGGACUCCGCCGAGAACAAGUAUCUGCAUCUCCUACACGUGCCAACGCUCCUGAAAGCGGUCGUCGAUUCUUCAGGUCAUACAACGAUCGCUGCAGCAGCAGAUGACUCCGCGACCACGACGCU